AUGGAAGCCCGCCCUUCAACCACCUCCGCAAACCCACCCAGCGUGGAAAUCGCCUACAAGCGCAAAUGCAUCGCACUGAAGAAGCGCCUCGCUGAGGUCGAAGCCGAGAACGAGAUCAUGCGCACCCGCAACCGCCGCGGCUGGCAAUACAUCCAGAAAAUGCGCCUCGAGUCCUGCAUGCUUCUCGAGCGCCUUGCGAAGGUCACCGGCAUGGCCGACGAAGCUCAGUCCGGCUCCGCAGACCCGGAACUUCGCGCGAGGGCCGCGGCCAUGUUGUCUAAUGCUUCGCUGAACGGCGUUAGCGCGCCGGGCAACGGCACAUAUCUGGAGGAUGAUACCGAGGGGAGCUCGGAUGAGCAACCUCCCACUCCCGAAGAGCGCCCUCUCCGCGUCAAGCGCUCCCGCAAAUCAAACAUCAACCUCGAAGGCGGCGAAGACGAGUCCGCAGCCCAAGAGAACGCCCCCGACCACGCGGACCGUGAAUCCGGCUCGCUGCCCCGGCUCGCUCCCGCUCCCAGCCAGCAGGAUCUGACUUCCUCGUUCCGCGUGCAGACUGGUAGCAAUGGCUCUCCGCAUGAGGGCGACAAUACCCCUAGCCAGGAUAACCGCGAUGGACAACCGGAGCAGAGUCAGACGGAGGGGAAUGAAGGGACGACGCCUAUGGAUAUGGAUACGAAGGAGCCGAAGGUCGAGGCGUCAGGUUGAGUUACGGAGCUGAAUAUGGUUGUUUGCUGUUUUUCUUGAUGUGUUUCAUGGGGCUUUUUGUUCAUUAUACAGCG